GUUUCACGCUGUGCGUUGUAUUUUGUCUCAGAUAAUUGUCUCGCUGUCAUAAUUGCCUUUUCUCUCGUUCGAAAAUGUUGUAUCCUCGGCCAAAACUAGGAGGAGCAGUGGAAAAAGAAAAGCACGAGGCAACAAUAUGGCCGAUGAAUCAGGAGUACUUGGCGCCAGUGGUAUGUUGAGGCCUUCUGCAAACAAGGAGGAUGAACAAAAGGCGCCAGUGUCAGAAAAAACGACAGAGGAGAUAGAUGUGGAAGGAACCUCCGAUGAAGAAGUUGAAGACAGUAGAUCAACAACCAGCCCAACAGCUGACAAACUCGCACAAACUCCCAAAGAGAGCUCUCCGAAAGAAGGUGGAGAUAGGCGGAACUCUGGGGCAGAUUCGACAGAGAAGCACUCAGAGUCUCCACUACCUCCUAAACAAGAGCUUGAGAAGCAGGCGAGCAGUCCUGCUGGAAAGUCACUUGAAAGUGCCCCAGUUGAGAAACUGGAUAGCGGGAUACCGGAACAGAACCAGGGAACAUCAGUUGGAAACAAUAAGCUUGAAAAGGAUCAAGUUUCUCAAAGUGAGAAGAAAGACACUUCUGAGGAGCAUACAUCUGGACCUAGUUAUAAGGAAACUUUGGAGGGCAGUGGUGAUGAGAAAAUAGCAGAAGCCCGCAUUUCCGGCUCUGGUGUUGUUGUGAUACCCAAAUCAGACAGCAGAAAGGAGAUAUCUGCUCAGAUGGCUCCAACUGAUGCUCAGUCAGCAGAAAAGACGUUGGAGGUUGAAGUAAAGGGUCUUGCCAAACCACAGAAGUUGAAGACCUUUGAGGAUGCGUUCAAAGCCAGCAUAGGGAAGUUGAAUGUUGAAGCUCCACGUCCAAGAAAAGUAAUAAAACCAUUUGGAAAUUUCAUAAAGCAGGUUGGUGGUGCUGCUCCAGGACCUUCGAGUGAGACCUUUCACCUUCGCCAGAGAGACAAUGAAAAGGUUAUCAAUGUGACAGAGAAACAAAAAGGUCAAAGUUCUAGCUCUGGCACGGAGAAGAGUUCAGGCAGUCAGCAAAUUUCUAAUCAAUACCUGACAAAAAGCCCAAAAAUAGAUGCUACAGAUAAUCAAAAAUUUGAUGCGGACAUGUUUGAAGAUGAACGUGAUAAUUCAAGGGAUAUUGACAAUUUCAGCUCCGACUCCUCGUCAACUAUCAUUGACAUUGAGCUGACUGCCAAAGAAUCCACUGAAGAGGAAAUUUCAGGGAAACCGAGCAGGCCUAAAGUGGCCUCUCAGCCAACUGUAGAAUCACAAAGCCAGGAAAGCAAACCAGUGGUUGCAGAGAAAGAAAAAUCUGCAAGUAAGGCCAGGACCAGGGAGUCCACUUCCAAGCCCAAUCCCACCUCCGACACCAGUUCAGGGGAUGGAACAUCAGAGGAACAGAAGAGCCCAUCAACAAAGCAGCCAUCAAACGAAAAUGCAAAUACUGGAACGAAACAUUCCAAGGAAGAAGGUGACACCAAAAGCUCAGGUUUGGAGAGAGCUAAAGUCUCUGAUUUGACGAGACACAAGGGAAAUGGUGACCACGACAGAAAACUGGAGAAAAGACGGGAGCUUCUGAGGGCAAAACAUGCGGCGGAUCAGCCCCGAAUGAAACCAGAGACGAAAGGAGAUGGUAAAGCCAAGUUGAGGGAAAGAUCCAAGAGCGAAGAAAGCCCAACUUCCCAGGCCAAGAAGUACCGUGUCUCCAAGCACGGGAUUGUCCUGCAGCCGGGGAUGAAGCUGGAGGCAAUGGACUACUCCAAAAAGUGGUACUUGGCCAGGAUUGUGAACGUGGACGAGACUGACAACACGGUCCUGAUCCACUUUGCCGGCUGGAACUCCCGAUUUGACGAGUGGCUGGAGUUUGACAGUGAUCGGCUGCGGCCUCUGGCCAGGGUCUCGGCCCGUCGAGAGACAGCCAAAGAAGUCAAAGCACUAGGGGGCUAUAGGGUUGGGGACGAAGUUCUGGCGCGGUGGUCAGACUGUCGCUAUUACCCUGCCAAGAUCCUAGGGAUCAAGACCAACGGCUCCUACCGGGUGCUCUUCUAUGAUGGGAUCGAGAAGACAGUCAUGGGCAUCAACGUGCGGGACAUGCCCGAAUCCCUCAAAUCUCAGCAACUCUUCAGUAAUCUGGAGCACCAGUUCCGAGCCCUGGUGAACAAGAAGCGCAGGAGCUCCAGGGAUGCUGAGGGUAAAUCUAAGGAAGCUCGAUUAUCAAAAGAAUCACUGUCAGGCAGCAGGCCGUCCAGCCCCAUUCAGCAACCGCAGAAGCGACGCCACCCAUCUACUAACCAGUCCCCGGCUUUGAAGCCAGCCAAGCGCAGUCGACAAGAUUCGAGCCGUUCCCAGAAAGCACAGAAGGGAUCGGUCAAGACCCCAGAGCCCGUGCCGCCUGCUCCUGUCACCAGGGACCAACCAGAGCUCCUUCCCUCCCCGACCUCAGCCGAGGCAAGCGAGCUGAUGUCUGCCUUGGAACACGGCAUGAUGGGAGGCAAGAAAUGUUAUCGGGAACCAUUGAUAUUCGACAAAAACACUGGACUCAUCCGAGACCCGAGUCGGUUGGUAGCCCCCAAAGAGCUGGUCAUUGAUCUGGACCACAAUAAGUACAAGUGUGAGGUGCCGGACUGCGGCAAGGCCUUCCGCAAGGCCAGCUUGCUGGAAUACCACCAGAAGUACUAUCACAUCAGCAAGCCGGCCACCAGCACAUCAGCCAUGGCUGCAGCCAAGAAUGCCGUGACCAGAAGCCGCAAGAGGCUCUCAACAUCUGCAAGUACACCUGGAAGCAGUAAGAUGCGUCGCACCGAGAGUGCAGAUGGGCCAUCGGCCAAAAUCACCAGCCGUCAGCAUCGCAUUUCAGCCCCCGGCAUCUUGACCACCAGUCACAAGCACCCGCUGCCAUCGCCAAAGCUUGACAGUCUGACCCCGACACCUCCCCAUCCCCUCAAGUCCAUGUCUACCAAUCAGUUUGUGAAACGACAAGCCGUGCCUGAUACCAGGAAACCUCUGCCGGCAUCCCGGGUCGAGCGGCCGCCUUUAACAAAGCCAGAUCUUGCUUCGCCCACUGUGCAGCAACCACAGGCGGCAGCCAAGCCGAAGGCCCAGGGAUCCGAGAUCACGGCCAAGGUCGCAGAAAGAUCACGGAAGGUUUCAGGGUCCACUGCUAGUAAAGAAAGCAAACCUACCACAAACAAGUCGGAGGUUGUCACAACUACCGUCUCAGAAAAACUUCAACCAUCACCAAAAGCAGCGGCUUUGACCUUAGAAACCAAAACCAAAGCUGAGCUGAGUGAUGCAGCGCCCACCCAACAGCCUGAGACCAAAUCCCAACAAGCACCGGUGGCGCUGGACAGCAAGGCCGACUCCAAGGCCGUGGUGAAAGGUCCCGAGGUCACAGCAGAGAUUGCGGCAGCACCACACCAGGCACCGAAGAAGCAGCGGCGGAACAAGCCGCACAAGAAGCAUAAGCGGCACAAGGCACGGAGCCGUGACCGGCGGUCACGGGAGCAGAGCCGCAGCGAGCGGCGCCGGGCAGCUGAGCGAGCCAAGCAGCGGCGACUGGAACAGCGGCAGCUCAAGCAGUCCCUGGAGGAGGCUGCCUCCAGGCAGAAGCCCGAAGAUGUGAUGGAAUGGACUGCUAAAUAUCUGUCUGCUACAACUGACAGAAACCUCCUCCAUUCCCCUGCCCAAAGUUCUGAUGACCCCAUGCUCAAGCCAGAGGGGCUGGACUCCUCCACCACGGAGGAUGGGGGCCCCCGGGACAUGAUCAGCUGCGUCUGCCGCAACCAGGAGGAGGAAGGGUUCAUGAUCCAGUGCGAGACCUGCUACGGCUGGCAGCACGGCAGCUGCGUAGGGUUGACGGAGUCCACCAUCCCCAAGCAGUACAUCUGCAGCUUUUGCAUCUACCCGGAGAAUUUGCGGACUCAUGCUAGACAUCGCUACGACCAGGAUUGGUUCCGCACAGGCCAGCUCUCUUCCCUUACGCAGCCCCAGCAGCCUGCUGAGGAGUCAGGUCACCUGACCGAGGCCAUGCUGAAGACCCAUCAGCUGAUGGCUGAUAUGAUCAGCGUGACAGAGGCAUUGGACGUACUGCAACACAAACUGGAAAUUCUUAAAAGUGACAACCAUCCUGACCUGAAGCUCUGGUCCUAUCACUGGGGGCUGAGAGAUGAAAGCACGCCCCUGGAUGACUCUGCUCACACCCAGCAACUCCAGACCAGCCUGGAGGAAUCAGACGUUCUCCAGACGUCCGCCGAGACCAGUGCCCUCACUGAGUCCAUGAGGAGUGACGUCGUUGUUGACAGCAUUAUGGAAGAAGUUAUCCCUGAGGUGGUAGGCACGGGAACCGAUGAUGUGAGCAAAGAGAGCAGUGGGGCUGCUGCCGGUAACCAGGGGGAUAUUGGGGACAGUGGUGACAUGGGCCUGCUACAAGAGGGCGUCAAACACGCUGAGGAAUUUGAUUUUCCCUCAGUUGUUGGCAAAACCUUAAUCCCAAAUAAAAAUCCAGUCCCAGAAGAAACUGUUGGCUGUUUGGACUCGGUAAAUGCUGAAGCAAGUCCCGUGGAAGUCGAUUCAAAAGAACUGUUGGAGAGUUCAACUUUUUCAACACCAACUACCACAUCAGACUCAAAACAAGACAAUAUGUCAAGUGGCAGUGCACCUUCUGUUCCCGACAAGGGCACCCCUUUGAGUUCCACACUGCAAGCAGAAACACUGCCCACUGAAAAGCUGACAGCUUGCAUCAUCCCAGACCCAGAACAGUCCACCUCCCAGGGAGCCAAGGAUGGGGUUACCAUUGAAAGUGGGAAACCGGUUACACCAGUGCAUGAUGGGAAAUCAGACAGAGCAGAAAGGGACAAUUUGCAGAACCCCAAAGGCAAUUCAUCUGGAGAUGCACAUACCAUGCUUGGCAGUGGCACAUCAAGUCAGGCCUCCGAAGUGAAGGACCCUGUUACCAGUGAAACACAGAAAGUGGGGACCCCAGAGCAUGAUGGGAAAGCAGACAGCAGCACCAAGGAACAGCCAGCCAAUCAUGGUGAUUCCUCAGAUGACGAACCCCUCAUAAAAUACACCAAGAAAUCAGCUUCAUCCAGCGAGGCAGAGAAUGACACUACAUCGGUUGCUGCCAAGUCCACCACACCGCCACCCCAACCAAGCUCAGAACCAGCCCCCGUUCAGGCCGACCCAGUGCCUUCCGGCAACCCCACCGUGCCACCCAGCAUCUGCAAGCUGCAUCUCUUCAACCACAUCGUGUGUGUUGAGGAGGAGCUCAAGCGACGCAUGGACUACGUGGAGGAGCAGAUCGAAGCUUUGGAGCUUGCCUUCAACCAAUCAGCCGAGAGCAAGGACUCACAGUACAAUCCCCCAGACCCCCUGCAGAUGAAGCGGACAAUCAGCGUCCUCAUGGAUGAUCUGGAGCGGGUCAAUAAACUUGUUUCAAUUUGAAAGACCGACAAACACACAGACAAACACACAAACA